AUGGAGGGGGAGGUGGGGGAGGCACCAGGGCUGGGCGGGCCCGCUGCUUCCAAGGACUUCCACUUUCGUCACAUGGAUCUGUAUGACUCUGAAGACAGACUGCAGAUCUUCCCAGAAGAAGACACUCAGACGAGAAGAGAAGUAGUUCAAGCCAAAAUGACCAAUGAGCCAAGACAGCCCAUGAAAGGGAAGGCUCAGAGAGACCUUGGAGAGGAAGUGGAUGAACUUGUCCAUCUAUAUGGACUUGAAGAUGAUCACGAAUUAGGGGAUGAGUUUAUUGACAAAAGCAUGCCCAGAAUAGAGGUUUCAGAGUAUCCUCCUUAUAUGAUGAUGGGGAGAGAGCCACUGAGGGAGCAGAGAGACUGGAGACUUAGUGACGAGGCUGCGAAGGCUGAGGACCUGGGCUUCGGGGCAUGGGGCUCAGCAGGCCAGUGCCAGGACUUGCGGGAAGCCUAUAGGUACACCCACGGCCAUGCCAGUGAGGAGUAUGAGUGCUACGUUAUCCCAGAGGAGGAGGAUGAGGAAGAAGCUGCCGAUGUCUUCUGUGUCACUUGCAAAACUCCAAUAAGAGUGUCGGAGAAGGUUUUUGAUGAGCACAAGGAGCAUGAGGUGACCCCGCUCGGUAAAGCACUGGAAAGUGCCAAGGAUGAAAUUCACAAAAACAUGUACAAGUUGGAAAAGCAGAUUAUUGAGAUGGAAAAUUUUGCAAGUCACUUGGAGGAGGUUUUCAUCACUGUGGAGGAGAAUUUUGGAAGACAAGAAAAAAACUUUGAGUCACAUUACAAUGAGAUCUUGGAAACACUUGCUCAAAAAUAUGAAGAAAAAAUACAAGCUCUAGAGGACAAAAAGAAAGAGAAGCUGGAAGCCUUGUAUGGACAGCUGGUCAGCUGUGGAGAAAAUCUUGAAACCUGCAAAGAACUGAUGGAAACAAUAGAGGAGAUGUGUCAUGAAGAGAAAGUUGAUUUCAUUAAGGAUGCUGUGGCUAUGACUGAGAGACUCGGAAAAUUCCUGAAAACAAAAACAGAUGUGGAAAUCUUAGCGCAGCCUGAAUUUGAAGACCAGACCUUGGACUUCUCUGAGGUGGAGGAGCUUAUGGGCUCCAUUAACACCAUCCCAGCUCCUUCUGCUCCAGUGAUAAACCCACAGGCCCCCAACUCAGCCACAGAUUCCUCAGUCCGAGUGUGCUGGAGCUUAUACUCCGAUGACACCGUGGAGAGCUAUCAGCUAUCUUACUGGCCAGUGCAGGACAGCUCGCCUGGGAAGGACCGAGCAGAGUUUACGAUGAUGGUCAAAGAAACAUAUUGCUCAGUGACAAACCUUGUGCCAAAUACCCAGUAUGAAUUUUUGGUCACAGCUCAGAACAGGGCUGGCCUCAGCCCUGCCAGUGAGUGUGCAGUGUACAUGACAGCGCCUUGCCCCCCCAUUAUGAAAAGCAAAGAGAUAAGGAGCUGUGAAGAGGCUGCGCUGAUCUGCUGGGAGUCUGGGAACCUGAAUCCUGUGGACUCAUACACGGUGGAGUUGACCCAGGCAGAAGCGCCGGGAGCCUCGGGCGUAACUGAGUCUGUUGUGGGCAUCCCCACCUGCGAGUGCCUGGUGCAGCUACAGCCCUGGCAGAGCUACACCAUCUACGUGCGAGCCCUCAACAUGGGGGGCCCCAGCGCAAGGAGCGAGCCUGCUACAGUCCACACCACAGGCAGCUACUUUCGCCUGAACGAGCACACCUGCCAUCCCUGGCUGACCGUUUCUGAAGAUGGGCUUACGAUGGUACGAAGUGAGAGGAAAGCCCCCGCCAGGGAGCCACUCCCCAGCGACACCCGCUUUACCAGGUGUGUUGCUGUCAUGGGAAACCUAAUUCCAGUCCGAGGGCGCCAUUACUGGGAGGUGGAGGUGGACGAGUGUUUGGAUUACACGGUGGGUGUGGCCUUUGAAGAUGUCCCUAAACAGGAAGACCUGGGAGCAAACUGCCUCUCCUGGUGCAUGAGGCACACAUUUGCAUCAUCAAGGCAUAAGUAUGAAUUUCUACACAACAAGAUGACUCCAGAUAUAAGGAUAACGGUUUCCCCAAGGAAGAUUGGCGUUCUAUUAGACUAUGAAAAUUCAAAAUUGUCAUUUUUCAACAUGGACAUUUCUCAGCAUCUGUACACGUUCAGUUGUCAGCUUCACCAAUUUGUGCAUCCCUGUUUUUCUUUGGAAAAGCCUGGAUGUCUAAAGAUACACAAUGGCAUUUCAAUGCCAAAGCACGUCACUUUCUAUUAG